AAACAAUAAUGGCGGCACCACCAACAUCCGUCAUUUCGUCUUACCAUUGUUGCCACACCUUUUUGAUAUUCGAGAAGAACAACAAUUCACAAUGGUCACAUUUAGAUUAGUGUUUGUAGAGUGCACUGUUAAUUAAUUGGUUAGAACGAUGGCUUCCUUAGUUGCGGAUUACGGAACUUCGUCGGGUUCAGACAGUGAUGGUGAUGACGUUUCGGAUGAUGCUGAUAACAGUUUCAAGGGGGAAGAGGAAGAAGAUGAGGAAGAUGAUGAACCUGGUGAAAAUAAUGAUGACACACAAACUGAAACUGCUUCCAAAGAAAAACUUCCAUUACCUACACCUGAUUUUAAUGGCACACCCACCUUGAAAACUUCCGUCUUCUCUAAUCCAUUUGUUGAAGCUGAAAAAGCUAAAAGUGCUAUACUUGAGAAACAUGUAAAAAUGACUCCAACAUUAGAUGAUACUAAAAUGAUAAAUGGUAGAAAAAUUUGUUGGAACUAUAGGAAAGGUAGAUGUCGAUUUGGUCAUAAUUGUACUUUUGCCCACGACUCAGACUUGCAUAGAACAGCGGCUGAGUUGGAAGCCAUACGAGCUCCACAAGAAACAAUUAUUUGUCAAACUCAAUAUAAUGGUCAACUUUCCAUAAAUGAUGAAAAUGAUGUCGAUCAAGAGAACAAUCAUACGAAUAAACGUAAAAAAAGACCAGGACUAAGUCAGUCUUUAAUUCCUAGUAAAAAGGUUUUAAAAAUGUACAAAGCUCAACAAACUAAAGCUAUUAGUAGAUAAAUAAAAAGCAGUAAUAGUACUUUAAAGUUUAUAUAGUAGUAUAUAUAAAGACAAUGAAGACUAUUAUUGUCAUUUGCUUUUAAAAAAGAAAAAAUAUUAGUCCUUCCAAUACUUAGCUAUAAAUACAAUUUUAUAAUUCCACUAAACUCAGUUCACAAUUGUAUGGAGGAAGCUACUUUAAACAUAAUAUUUGGGAGAACUAUUGAUAUUUUAAUAUUUUCUUCCAUAUACGGCAAUUUUUAUAAAUUUUAAUGACUUUUACAUUAAAAAAAAAAAAAUAAUAAUAAAUAAAUAAAUAAAUAAUAAUAAUAAAAAAGAAAGAAAAAAAGAAAAAAAAAUAUUUAUGGAAUUAAAUGUAAAUCUAAGAUAACUUGCAAACAAUGCUUCCAGCAGAGUGCUAAUUAUUAAUUCAUAUUAUAUAUACUUUUCAAAUAAUGAAAAGCUUUAGUAUUCUUAGAUAGUACCUGGUAUAUAUCUCUAUGGAACAGGUUGCAAUGUACAAAGUUUAGAUAUUAUUUAUAGAUUUAAUACUUUUUAUGUGCUUAAAAAAAGAUUGAUUAGUAAGAAUCAUGUAUUUAACAAGCCGUUUUUGCAGAAAUGUUAUCCAAUUGUAAUUGAGAAAUAUUUGGAGACAUAUUACAAUGGAUAUAGUAUAUCUUCUUCUUGUCUUCUGGUAAAACAUUUUAUAAUUCCUCUUGUCUCCUGCUCGUAUACAAUAUCUACUCGCUUAUACACGUAUGAAAAAGUGAAGUAUAGUAAUUACGAAAAAAACUUCAAUAUAUAUGGUAUAAAGCAAUAUGGAUUUAUUAUUAAAAGAAAUUCCGUUCAUUAAAAUAUUCAUACGUGUAAUCUUUGAUAAAUAUAUAAAAUUGAUUAGACUUUUUCAGUAUAUAAAACUUUUGAUAUACUAUAAUACUAAAUAAAGAAUGCUCAUAUAUGUCAGUAUUUAAGCAUUCUCUAUAAAUUUUUAUCAAUGCACUACUUCCUCUUCUAUUAAUAUAUUUAUAAUAUUAUGAAAUUAAUAUAACUUGUUAAAAAGAUAUACGAAAUUUAUAAUUUAUAUAUAUAAUUUUUUUUUUUUUUUUUUUUUUUUUUGUUAUAUACAGGUAUCUUUGUGCAAUCAAAUAUAUAUUGUCACAGCCAGUCGAAAGUUUUUCCCUUAUAAAUAUAAUACAGUUGUUCAAUAUUAAAUGCAGACAUAAAAUCAAAUAUGAUCUGUCAAUAUGAAGUGUACAAAUAGAUAAAAUAACAAACAUGAAAUUAACAUUUGUGUAUAUUUAAAAUUAGAAUGUGUUGUUAUAAUAUUUACUCAUAUUUGUACAACUGUUUGUACGAUUAUGGGGAUUUUUUUUUGAAAAUUUUCAAUAAAUUACAUACUGGUAAUUUAAUGUUGAUUUAUCGGUUCCUAUAUCUUCUUCCCAUAUAGGUAGCUUAUGAAAAUAUGUGUAAGAUUUAAUCUGAAAAAAGAAAAAAAAACAAUAACAUUGAUUAUUAUAUUUACAAAAUAAAAUCUAUUGUUAGUUAAUAUUAAAAAAGAAAAAAAAAAGAAAAAAAAGAUAAAUAAAUAAAUAAAAAUAAAUAAUCCCACUAUAAAAAUAGUUCCCAAAAUUGAUAGGCACAUGAUAUUUUAUUAGACAAUAAUGGGUACAAUAUGAGCUCAGAUCCAUUAUACAUGAGAUAAGUGAUAAUAACUUAUUAUUGCAUUUUUCAUUGAAAAUAUAUAUAUUUAUAUAUCAUUCUUUUUUUAUUUUCGCGACUGAAUAUCUUACAGGCACUUUAUCUUUAAAGAAUGGCAAAAUGUAGUAAACUUGUCUGUCCUAUGUAAAUAAGCACAAAGAGUUUAGCCACCAUAGUUCAUCUACUUUUGUUUUAAUUUCUGAAGAAAACAUAUUUAUACAUCAUGCCACUGUUAUUCGAAGAUCUUAAACCGUUUGAUAUACAUCUGUAAUAAAUUAUGAUCUUUCGUAGAAACUCAGUCAUACUUCUGCAAUCAAUCACAGAAAUUUUUUUUAUAAUUAAAUCAUAAUAUGUAUAUUUAAGUUAUUUGGAACGGGUAUGUGCCCGCUAACUAUCUAUAAGUUUUAUUUUUUUUUUAUGUUAUAAAUAUGUAAUUUUCGUAUGUUACAGAACAUUACAAUCGUUGAAACAUACUUUUUCCAUCACUUUUUUACUCUUUUUUUUUUUUCUUUUUUAAUCUACAAGAUAAUAA